GAGCGGCUUGCAACGGAACUAGAGACAGGCCAGGCGGAGUGAUACAAGAAGCGGCCGACUUCGGGCCCUGAUUCAGUAGUUGUCCUGCGGGUUGUGCUCUGGCUGAGGUAAACCACCCUGCCUUCUGCCGUCCUCGACCGCCUUGUCCCGUGUCGGUGUUAACGUUGUUUUGAACCAAAGUGCACAUCUGGACUAACGCAAGCGGAUACUAAUCUAUCACAAUGGCAUCUGGAGUAACAGUAUCAGACGCUUGUAAAACAACCUAUGAAGAAAUCAAGAAGGACAAGAAGCACCGUUAUGUAGUGUUCUACAUUAAGGACGAGAAGCAGAUUGAUGUUGAGGUUAUUGGGGACCGCAAUGCGGCUUAUGAGCAGUUCCUAGAUGACCUACAAAAGGGUGGUGUUGGUGAAUGCCGCUAUGGUCUCUUCGACUUUGAGUACACCCAUCAAUGUCAAGGAACCUCAGAGGCCUCCAAGAAGCAGAAGCUCUUCCUUAUGUCCUGGUGCCCAGACACCGCUAAGGUCAAGAAGAAGAUGUUGUACUCCUCCAGCUUUGAUGCCCUCAAGAAGUCCCUUGUCGGAGUUCAGAAGUACAUUCAGGCUACCGACCUGUCGGAAGCAUCAGAGGAGGCAGUGGAGGAGAAGCUGCGUGCCACUGACAGGCAGUAACUCCCAUCAAUGCCAAAAAAAGAAACCUGAAAACAAUUUUUUUAAUUAUGCUGGUCUUAGAUGACUUGAUAACUCGUUUUGGAUAUCAUUUUUUAUUGUAACUAAAUGGGAACUUCCAUGUGGCUCUCCCCCUGCGUAAUGUAAAAGUGUGAUGUGAAUUUGGCAAUGAAUGUACCACGUACGUGAAUGUGUAAUCUGUGAUUGCCAUUCUCUUUUCAAAUGUUUUUAAUGUUCGGUUUUUCUAGUUUCUUAAAUAAAUUUAAGAGGUUUAAGUGUA